AUGAACAGCCUUAAGAAACCCCAGAAGAAGAAAGUCCUCCUGAUGGGCAAGUCUGGCUCUGGCAAGUCCUCUAUGCGCAGUAUCAUCUUCAGCAAUUAUGUCGCCAAAGAUGUUCGCCGCCUGGGUGCAACGAUAGAUGUUGAGCACAGUACAGUCAAGUUCCUGGGGAGUCUUAUACUCAACCUCUGGGACUGUGGAGGACAAGACGCCUUCACGGAGACCUACCUAACAUCGCAGAAGUCUCAAACCUUCAGCGACGUGGGCGUCCUCAUCUACGUCUUUGACGUCGAGUCUCGCUCCUUCGAAGGCCACAACCCUCGCGAUCUCCUCACCUACACCGCCGUCAUCUCCGCCCUAGCCGAAUACUCCCCCUCCGCGCACGUCUUCGCCCUGGUGCAUAAAAUCGACCUCGUGCAAAACAUAUUCCGAGAUCAAGUGAUACAGGACCGUACCCUCGCCAUCCAAGAGUACAGCGGCGUUUUUAGGAAAGGCUUGAAGGUGUAUGGCACGACCAUAUGGGAUCAGAGCUUGUACAAGGCGUGGGGGGAUAUUGUGAAAUCUUUGGUUCCGAAUUUGCACAUCAUAGACGGGUAUCUGCACGAUUUAGCCAAGGAAACAAGCGCAGAGGAGAUUAUACUGUUCGAACGAGCAACCUUUCUGACAGUCACGAACGUGACAAGCGAGUUAGGGGAGCGUAACCCGUACAGUGAUCGCCAGGAACGGUUGAGCAAUGUCAUCAAGACGUUUAAGCAUUCACUUUCGAAAUACACCCACUCGUCAACGGCAUCCCAUCCAUUCGCUGAGAUCGCCAUCAAGGCACCGCGAUUCAACUUGAUCCUGGCGCGAUUGACGAAUAACACCUAUGUGCUUGUUAUCCUGCCGCCUGGGGAUUUAGAAAUCGAGCUGUCGCGGUUCAACAUCAUGGCUGCUAAGGAUCGGUUUGUCGAAUUGGAUAUUAUGGGAUGGGCAGCAGGAGACACUGAAAGGCUUGAAGGGAAGUUAAAUGGGCGCAUUAAAGAUGGGCGCUGA